AUUGAAUUAGAUUCUAAGGUCAGUGAGCUUGAGCAUCUAAAAUCAGAGGAUAUUUCAAUAUCUGUGGUUGGUGGAAAUAGUGAAAAAAAUAUAUCAAAGUCUAGACCCGAAGGGCCAUUGCUUUGCAAUAAUAAUAUCUCUGCAGUUAGUGAAACUAGCAAAAAUCUUAAAUCUUCAAAAAUCGAUACUAAGGUUACUUCUAAGGUAAGUGAUGAAACUAUUAUUAAUGAAAAUAAUAAAGAUAAUAUAUUACAACAAAUCAAUGCAGAAAACCAAUUUCAAGAGAUAAAGAAUAUGAUUCCGAUUAGAUCUCAUAAUAUUACAAUAGGAAAGAGUGAGGAAUUACCUAUUAUAGCAUUAGGUGCUAAUUCUUUGAACUCAAAGCCAGAUUAUAUCCACAGUAUGACCACCUCCGGUAAUUUGUUUUCUGAAAUAUACUCACAGAGUGAGGGCACUAAUGUGUCUAAACUGACUAUGAAUGAACAAAGUGAAUAUAUAGAAAACAGAGUUAUGGAUUCCCAAUCCUCUAUGCAAAAAAAUUCAAAAAUACCUCCUAUGAAACUAUUCCUUAUGGAUAUGGACGAAGCUAAUAAACAUGCUGCAUCUCGUUGUCAAUCUCAUCCAGCUAGUCCAACAUGGCCCUUUAGAAUGAUAGUUACAGGAAAAA